AUGCUGAUUGAUCAACAUGGUCAAAUUGCGCCGUAUCAUGAACGACUUACAUAUGUGCCAGAUCGUGACUGUAAAGCAAAGUAUAAUCUUUACUUACUCUAUCCCGACCGACCGAAAUCGCCAGCACAGAGUUAUUCCAUUCGCAUCGAUAUCUAUGAAAAAACUCAGUUGAUCUAUUGGGCCAGUUGGUACUUACCAAUUCCUUUCUACUUCUUACCUGUUAAUCGAAUUGCUACCCAACUAAUCAUUCCCGAAUCACCCAAUCAUGAAUCGUGUGCUAUAUCCUGUGGCGAUCAUGGCCAAUGUGUGAAGUACGUCAAUGAAAGAUUAAUGUCUUUCUGUUUAUGUGAUGAAGGAUAUUCUGGUUCUUAUUGUAAUGUUAAAACUGAAUGUAAAUGUGCCAAUCAAUCACUCUGCUUGACUUCGACGAUAUGCGUUUGUCCAUUGCAUAGAUUCGGUUCUUAUUGUCAAAUGACCCGUUCGAUUUGUCAAUUGGAGCACAAUUCAUGUGAAUACAAUGGUCUGUGCGUUCCGACGGACGAUCGCAUUGAUUUAAAAGGAUUUACUUGUUUUUGUCAGGAAGAUCACUCAGGAGAACGAUGUGAAAGGAAAAUCAAUCGAAUCGAUAUACGUGUCAAUGAAGAAAUCCGAUCGCGAACUUCAUUGCUAUUAAUACAUUUCAUCACCGCAUUCGAUCGUUCUGAGCACGAACGUGGAACUCUAUUGAAGAAAGUUGCUUAUGAUCAAAAAAUGAUAACCGUGUAUAUUGCACAACCAUUUCAUUUACUUUUCGUCCAAAUACCUAAGCAAGAUUAUUAUUUAACAAUCUUUCGUGAAAAACUUACAUACUCGUCAUAUAUUCAAACGGAAAUUCAAUCGAAAAAGCGUUGUUCUUCCAUAAAUCAACUUCUUAACGAUACUGUUCGACAAUACGAAUAUUUGCAACGAGUUAAAUACUAUCCCUUGUUAUGUCGAAAGAAUAUCGAGUUAGCCUGUUUUUAUGAUGAUAAUGUUAUGUGUAUAUGCGAUCAGGAUCGCUUUUCCAAUUGUUUUCUAUUCAAUCAUACACUGAAUGAUGAUUGUCAGGGUUAUAACUAUUGUGAAAAUCGAGGCCGAUGCUUUCAAAACAAUGCUUCAUGUCCGACCAAAUAUACGUGUAUCUGUCGCGAUUGCUAUUACGGCGCUAAAUGUCAAUUUUCUACGGAAGGCUUUCUUUUCACACUCGACACAAUUCUUGCCUUUCAUAUCAGACCGAAUCGUCCACUAAAUCAGCAAACACGACCGAUUCAAGUCAGUAUUUCCAUCAGCGUGAUUUUUUUAGUUCUUGGGUUGUCCAAUGGUUUAUUGUCAUUUGUCACGCUUCGUCGAGCCCAAGUCAAACGAAUCGGAACGGGUCAUUAUCUUUUCUAUUCGUCGAUUGUCGCAACGUUUACAAUAUUAACUUUAACAUACAAAUUCUGGCUGUUGAUUUUGACUCAAAUGUCCGUGAUGACCAAUCGAUCGUUACUUUAUUUUAAUUGUGUGACCGUCGAUGUUACUCUUCGAAUUCUGCUCACAACAAGUGAGUGGCUAAAUUCAUGUGUAUCGGUGGAAAGAAUGGUUAGUAUCGUUAUGGGCGUUCGCUUUCAACGGAAAACGAGUGUCAGAUUUGCCAAACGAGUCAUCAUCAUGAUGUUCGUUUUCAUCAUAGCCACACAUAUCCACGAACCGUUCCGUCGACAACUGAUUGAUGAUUAUGAUAUCGACGAGCAUCGAAUUUGGUGUUUUGUGCGAUAUUUACCAUGGAUGCAAAAAUAUAACUCGUACAUGACUAUCUUUCAUUUUCUUACACCAUUUCUAAUCAAUAUUUCGUGUUCGCUUUGGAUUAUUAUCAAAUUAGCCUACAGACGAAGUCAUAAAGAACGCUCUCGAACGCUGAAAUAUCAUUUGAGAGUUCAAAUUCAACACCAUCAACAUCUUUUAUAUUCGCCAUUUAUCUUAAUUGUAUUGAGUUUGCCUCGUCUAGUUAUUUCAUUUACAAGCGGCUGUAUGAGAUCAACCAAGCAACCGUGGUUAUACUUGGCUGGCUACUUUCUUUCAUUCGUUCCGUCAAUGUCAAUAUUUAUUGUUUUUGUAAUGCCAUCAAAAGCUUACAAGACAGAGUUUUACGCAGUUACCGAACAUUUUUUGAGAAAAUUUCGCUCAGCCCGGUAA